AUGAAGGCCCUCGCGUCUCUGCGUUCCGCCCUGCACGCCGUCGCCGUCACGCGGCGCGUCUCCGACGAGAUCCGCGUCAGCCUGCAGCUCGUGCAGACGUGCCACCAGGACCUGCAGGCGCUCAUCGCGCUGCGCGACGCGCACCUCGGGCUGCUCGAGGCCGCGCCCGCCGGGGUCCUCGCGCGCCUGCACGCCGUCAUCGACCAGGCGCACCGCGGCCUCGCCGCCGCCCGGUGCAUCGUCGAGCGGUGCCGCCCCGACGGCCACAAGACGCCGCUGCACGGCCAGAUGGAGUGGGUGCUGAGCGCGUCGUCCGAGUUUCGCCGCCAGGAGCCGCUGCUGAGCCGCCAUCACGCCGCCGUGCUCGCCGAGCUGACUUUUGUCCGGCAGAUGACGACCUGGGCCCUGCUGACGGACGGCACGCCGGGCGGUGUCCCCGCGCUGGUGAGCAGCGGCUAUGAAACUGAUGUAAAGGUACUGACUGUACCAUCAUCUCCUUGGCCACCGGCCGCAUCUCCUUGGCCACCGGCAUCCACGCCAAGCUCCAACCACGCCACACCAGUCAUUUCAAACGCCAAGCCGAUUGAAUAUUCGGAUCUCCCCGAGCCCGUAUUCCCGGGCGCGCUCCCGGGCGCUGUGCAAAGCGUGGACAACGUAUCCAUGGUGUCGAUGGUAUCGGCCACAAGAUCGGCAUGGGGCACCGUUGGGCCGGACAGGGUCGCUUCGAGGAAUGCGAUUGUGAACUCGAGUCAUAACAACGACAUGUCGCUUUUAUUCGAGGAUUGA